AAGAUUUCAGCUAGUCUAGAGGUAAUCGCGAAGCAGACAUCAUUCUGCUCCGCUUCUAACGUCCACUUGAAAGUUCGCAACUAAUAUUCCAGGCAUUCAAGUGUUAUCGAAUCUCGAAGAAUUUUAGACAUACUCCUGAUCUUUACAUAGAUCAUUAUUACUCUGGCAACGAUGACGUACAGCUUCAGCCCGCCGAGUACCUGCAACGUGUCCCUACCGGGACCGACUUUUCAAAACCUCUGCAAUGCUUCGGCAAUAUUGGUCUUCAUGUCCCUUCUGGAUGAGUUCACGAGUGUCGAUGAAAAGGUUUCCGGUAUAUGCGAACGAAUCACAUCAAUAAAAGAACCUGCCGACGUGUACGACUACAUUGUAAUUGGCGGUGGAGGUGCGGGUUCCGUGGUGGCCGCCAGACUGAGCGAAGUGCAAAACGUAACAGUCCUGGUUCUGGAAGCUGGUGACGACGAGUCAGCAGUCGCGCAAAUUCCUAGCCUUACUCUGGAUUUGAUAGGAUCCGAAAUCGAUUGGAAUUAUGACACGUCAAACGAGACCAAUUGCUGCAUGUCUACAAAUGGCUCCUGCUCCUGGUCAGGGGGGAGAUCUCUCGGGGGUAGCACGGUCAUCACGGGAAUGACAUACGCGCGAGGCAAUCCUACCGACUUCGACAACUGGGCUGCAAUAGGCAAUGAGGGAUGGUCGUACAAGGACGUGCUACCGUUUUUCCUAAAGUCGGAAGACAACGGUGAAAUCGAUCGAGUCGGAAGCGAGUACCAUGCGACAGGUGGACCGCUUUCGGUCGAGAGAUUUCCCUACCAACAUCCCCUUGGUUACACCAUAUUACAAGCAGCCAUUCAGUCAGGGUUUGGCGUAAGCAACGACCUGAACGGCGAGAAAAGAACCGGUUUCUCGAUCCCGCAGGCAACACAAAAAAAAGGAGUUAGACGUAGUAGCGCAAGGGCAUUUUUGUGGCCGGCUAGAAAUCGCAAGAAUCUCCACGUGUCUCUGAACUCUUACGUGACUAAGGUCGUCGUUGAGAAUGAUCGAGCGGUCGGUGUCGAGUAUUACAAGAACGGGGAUCUGAAGACGGUGAAGGUAAACCGAGAAGUCAUCCUGUCUUCAGGUGCUAUCAAGACACCACAUAUUUUACUCCAUUCCGGCAUCGGGCCGAAAGAUCAUCUGACAUCGUUCGGCAUCGAUGUUGUCAAGGACUUGCCUGGCGUCGGGAUGAAUCUUCAUGACCAGCCGGGCUUCUCCAUCCCAUUUACCGUGAACGAACCCGACGUCUACUAUAACAACUGGGCCACCGCCACUGAGUAUUUGGCUUUUCAGACAGGUCCCUUGUCCAGUGCUACACCUAUCGAGAUCACGAGCGCAUUGGCGAGUAACGAAACGACGGACGACCACCCGGACAUCCAGAUCUACCCCACUAUCAGCCCCACGAACUGUGCACCGGGUGAAAUCGAUGCUUUACAGAGCACGGGAAAACAAACCAUCACUUUUACAACGACAUACACGCACGUCAAGAGUAGAGGACGAAUCAGCCUAGCUUCGAACGAUCCUUUUCAGGACCCAAUUAUAUGGGCUAAUUACUUGGACGAUGAUAGGGACGUGAAUGGUCUUCUUCAAGGCAUAGAACAUAUCUUGAGCUUGGCGGAUACUGAGGCCUUCAAAGCUCAAAACUUCACCAUGGCCGCCACAGUGAUCGAGGCUUGCUCCAACUUCACUUUUCCCAGCUUUGAGUAUUGGGCCUGUGCAGUGCGACAAGAUACUGUUCCUCAGUUUCACCAGGUUGGUAGCUGUAAGAUGGGACCAUCAUCCGACCCGUUAGCAGUGGUUGACUCCCAGUUACGAGUUCAUGGUAUAACCGGUCUUCGAGUUGCAGAUGCCUCCAUUAUGCCUCAGGUGACCUCGGCCAAUGUUGGGGCGCCAACCAUCAUGAUUGGAGAACGUGCCGCCGAUUUUAUCAAGAAAGCUAUGUAUUCGACCGAUUGCUCGAAGAACCUGAAGCUCUAGAUGUCUGUUCCAACUUGAAAACAUAUUCUUGUCAGUUAGCAAUAAAAAAUAAGCCGAUGAAUAUUUCUUUCCUUGUCAAACCGGCUAACGCAAAUUUCAUUUCGAUCCUCUCUUCACUUAUCACUGCGAUGUUUAUUACAUGCCAACGAUUCAAUGUGACUCAACAAGGUCAAUUUCACCAUCUGUAGUGGAGAAUGUUAUUAUACCUAUAAAAAUUAAAGAUAAUUAUGAAAAUAUCAAUAAAAUCAAAUUGCAAAAUU